GAGGUCUUUUUAGAAAUCGGUGGUAAAUGCGUUAGUCUGCCGGUUGCUCGGCUCAGUCAGAAACAGAGAUGCUGUGCAACAAGGUUGAUCUCGCGUUCGUGCUUGGUUUACUCGCGUUUGCACACGGGAUGCCUGCGGAUAGUCAGAGUAACGAGAGGCUUCCGUUGAUUCAGUUCACCAACGGUGGAAUCCGAUUCAAUUUCGCGGGCUACCAUGCUGCAGCCGGGUUGGGUGGUCUUCUAACCGGGUCGAAUACAGGUGGUGGUCUCCAUGCCAGCGUGGGGACGCCAUGGGGCGGCCAUGCGGCCGCUGGUUUGGGCGGCACACUCAAUGGCGACAAUGCGAAUGCUGGGGGAGGGCUUUAUGCGAGAGCCGGGCUUGGGAACGGAAGACACGAAGCCGCGGCCGGAUUAGGCGGCUUGCUGGACGGAAGUGGGAGGUCAGCACCUCUUAGGGGAGGCCUGUACGCCGGUGCCACCACUGGAACCCAUGGACUCGGAUUCACAGCUGGAGAAAUCCCUAGAGAUUUGUUCGGUGCUGGACCCAGUGACGGACCCAGUGAUGGGCCGAGUAAUGGACCUAAUGGACCUAGUAAUGGACCUAAUGGACCUAGUAAUGGACCGGAUAAUGGACCAAACGAUGGAAAAGAUGGAGAAGGAAGUAAUGGGAAAGGGCCGAGCAGGGGUACGUCGCAUAUUCAAAUAAUCUCCCGUUCGGGAAAAAACUCGAAAAAGAAGAAUGAAAUAUCUAAGGAGGCUCCGAAACAAGAAGCUGAUUUUUCGUCGAGUAAAGAGAUACGUGAAGUAUUACCCAUCGAGCCGGCGCCUCUCGCUCAAUUAGCCCCUGUUUUAUCCAAAGAGACGAACGAAAUCGUACAAGUUGAUGUUCUUCCUCGUCGAAGCAGAUUCUUUCAGAGGAAAAGGCUGAGGGGGUCUAGAGCGAAGGUGAUAGAGGAGAAUACAGAAGAGGAUCAAAAUUCGAAUAUUCAAAAGCGUCAGACAAUUUAUUACUCGGAUAAACCUGAUUCUUCGGAUAGAAUUAUGACGAUACCGAGUGGGAACAAUAAUGGCUUCUUCGAUGAUAUUUUUCAGAUACCAAUAUCAACGCUGAACGCUGUAAACCGGUUUUUAAACAAUAGUACUGGUUAAUUUAACUUUCGUGUAAACGUCCAUUCCUCGUAUUUUAUAUUUACAAUUAACGAUAAUGAAAUAUAAUUAUUUCAAGAGAAUAGUAGUAGAUGAUAAUUCCUUAAGAAAGUUUCUUAAUAAAAUAUAUUAUAAAUAUA